AUGCUGCCACCCUCGAAGGAUCGGCCUCGGGGGGCCAAGGAGCAACAGGGGGGCCGUCAGGCGAGACCCCCGCGGCAAACCUGGCGGGUGCUGGCUGAGAGGAAUCCGAGCGUGGCCCCUGUGGGUGUCUGGGUGGAGAGUGCCCCAGGGGAGCCGGAGGAGCGCCUGGCCUUCGCUUCAGCGUUUCAGGUGGAGGAGGAGUUGAAGGAGCAGCAACGGGAGAAAGCAGCCAGCCUGAAACGCUUCCAGGGAGAGGUGAAGCAGCGGGUGAACCAGCAGGUCAGGAUGCGAAGAAAGCAGCAGCUGCAGAAGUCCUACGAAGCGGCAGAGAGGGAGAGCUGCGUCGCCAUGCGGUACUCAGACUCCGUGCUGGGCUUGAACCCCAGAAAGAACACGUGCCUCUUUCGGAGCCACCCGGCGCCCGCCAUCUGCAGUCCUGGUGCUCGUGCUGUCCCAGCACAACGGCAAGGGAUGCAAAGCGAGCCGCUCCAGCAGCAAGCUGCCAAGAAACCAGAAUCUUGCAAGACAACCGCGGUGCCUGCAGAAGAUGAGAGCGAGGAACUGCUGCUGGCAGGACAUCAUGAUCUGCCAGCUGAACUGCAAGACCAGGGGACAGCCCCGCAGCAGGCUGAGCGUGUCGAUGACUUCUACAUCAAAAUUGAAUUUAAAAAAUUCUGUGAUGGAUCGGUGAAGGACUCGAGCUUGCCCGAGCGUCCCCAGAGGUUGCACACCAAUUACCAACCUCUCCUCAUGGCCUGGGCUGGUGUAGACCAAGAGGAAACCAAGAAGCAGCGUCAGAAUGAGUACCUGAGAUACAGGCGCCUCUUCAUGAAUAUCGAGCGAGAGCACGUGAAAGAACAGCAGAGGCAGAAGAGAAUCGCCGAAAUUAAGAGCAAGAAGGAGAACCAGCGACGGGCGGAAGAGCAGAGGAUGCAGGAGAUGGCUGAGCAGCAAAAACCCUCCCUGGGAGAGGGAGCCUGUGAAACCCUGGCCCAGCUUAAACUGGAGGAGGGGAGAGCAAAGAAGAUUAAGGAAAAACAGCAGCGAAAUAAGGAGUAUGUGAGGUACAUUGAAGCUCUAAGAGCCCAGAUGAGGGAGAAGAUAAAACUCUAUAAUAUUGACUUGCCACCGCUGUGCUCCUGCGGGUCCGAUUUCUGGGAUUCCCACCCGGAUACCUGCGCCAACAACUGCGUCUUUUACAAAAACCACAAAGCCUACAGCCGCGCUCUGCAGUCCGUCAUCUUGUCCUGCCACGCUGUGGACGGGAACCCCUCGGCCGGGCCGCAGCUCCGAAACUUGGCCGCUCUCUGUGCUCACUCGGGGAAGCAUCUGCGACGAGGGCGGCCACGCAUCCCCCCUCCCGCUUCCCCGUAUUUCGGCGACUGUU